AUGGCUCCCAACCUUUUCCUCUGUGCGCGAACCAUUUUCUGCCCUACCUACUGGUUCCAGAAGGGCGACCGCGACGGCGAUCUCAAGGAACAACAUUGGGAAUCCCCCGUCCCGGGAACAUACAAGUUCCUCCCAGGUCGCGGAUGGCACCUCAUCCAUCGGGAUGGGUGUGAAAACGAUGAAAAAGUCCCUGCUGCACUAGUCUACUGUCGCAUCCUCCACCGUUACAUGUUCGAAUCCGAACUGGAGGAACGCUGCCGCUGGUUCGACGCCCCGCUGCACAAGGGCGGCCGUCCGGAAAAGCUGCGCUUUUUCCUCCUCGACGAUGGCAUUCACUGGGUCGCUGGCUGGGAUGCCCAGGGCAGCUUCAUUCUUGGCCCUUACCCCAAGUGGUGGCUCGACGAAGAUGGAUACACCAUGCGCCGCGGUGCCUCGCCUCCUACCAGUGCCAACGUGUCCCGUUGCAGCAGUAUCAUUGCUGGCAAAUUUGACUGA